AUGAAAAAGGGGUACUUAUCGGUUGUACCAUAUACAACAGAAAAACCACAAUAUUUUGAUGAAAAGAAUCCUCAUUACACGACGCCUUUGAUGGUUAAUGGUAAUGGUGAAGAAUUAUGCGACAAGAGAAGAAGGCAGAGAAGCACUAGCUCAUGGCUAUUUCAGCCUUGGCACAAGUUGAAUCAUUACAUGUUGUUCAUGUCGUCGAGACAAAAGGAAAAGAGCACCCGUCGAAAUCUCGUGCUUCGCUCAAGAACAAGAGGAUUAAAGCUGCUGGUUACGCUGGUGUUUUGCACAGUAUCCAUGUAUUUUAUACAUCGGUUUAUUCGCAAUUAUGUUCAGUUUACGUUACCACCAGAAAGAGCGAUCGAUCUCAUGAAGUCCAUCCCAUCUAGUGAUCAUAUCAAGUAUCACUUUACUACUUACGCAUCCAAGGUCCAUCUUGCAGGCUUAGAGCAAGACAAAACUUUAGCCGAAUGGACUCGUCAACAAUGGAUCAAUUAUGGCCUUUACGAUUCCUAUAUCGAAACCUAUUACCCACUACUCAACUAUCCUGAACAAAGAAGACUUGCCAUAGUGGAGGGCCCUGAGGAAUUGUUGUUUGAAGCAUCCUUGCAAGAGAGUAAUGAAACGAUACAGCCGCCGUUUCAAGCUUAUUCGGGUAACGGUAAUGUGACAGCAUCGCUUGUGUAUGUUAACUAUGGUCGUAUCACCGACUUUCAGUUCCUGAUGGCUCGCGGCGUACAAGUAAAUGGCACUAUAGCAUUGAUUCGAAACGGCAUGAUUGCUAGAGGGCUCAAGGUCAAAAUUGCGGAAGAUAUGGGCUGUGCUGGUGUCCUUUUAUACUCUGAUCCAGAGGAUGAUGGACCUAUUGCCGGCGGUGGACAGCAUGAAAGUAGCAAUACCUCUACUGGCUUCAUUAUGAAUAAACCUUAUCCUGAAGGCCCCUGGCGUUCUGGUACAUCUGUAGAGCAAGGAUCUGUUCAAUAUACAUCUUUUGCUGUUGGAGAUCCUUCUACUCCUGGAUAUGCCGCCACAGAAAACGCAACCCGAGUUCCAUACUCGGAGGCAAAGGGUAUACCAAAAAUUCCAUCUUUGCCCAUCUCCUGGCGAGACGCAUUGCCUUUGCUGAAGUCAACUGAGGGAUUUGGUAUUCAGGCUGAUAUUACAUGGCUUGGUGGUCUUUGCAAUGUCAGUUACUUUAGUGGCCCUAGCGAAGCGCAGAUUAAUUUAGUCAACAUCAAUCAAUAUCAGAUAAAGCCAAUUUGGAAUGUAAUUAGCAAAAUCAAAGGCACAAAAGAGCCCAAUCACGCAAUCAUCCUUGGCAAUCAUCGCGACGCUUGGGGAUAUGGUGCUGUCGAUCCUUCGUCAGGCUCUGCUGUAUUGAUGGAAUUGGUUCGAACUUUAGGUGUCCUUCUUGAGAGAGGAUGGCGACCAAAACGUACGAUCAUUAUUGCAUCAUGGGAUGCAGAAGAAUACGGUGCAGUUGGAUCCACUGAAUGGUUGGAGGAUCAUGAAUCGUGGUUGCAAGAGGAAGCUAUUGCAUAUUUGAAUGUGGACUAUGCUGUCUCUGGAAAACACUUUAGCGCACAAGCAUCUCCUUUAUUGAACAGGCUGCUGUAUCAAGUAACUGACCAAGUUAUCGAUCCAUUGACUAGUCGCUCUGUUUAUCAAGUCUGGAAACAAGAGCGCGGCCGGUCUUUACAGGAGCAAGACUUUUACUUUGAAUCAUCCCCUCAUGAUAACAUUGCGCCUCUGCCAUUGACAGAUCCGCUCGGUGUAGACUCUGACCAUGUUGCAUUUUUCCAUCAUUCGGGCAUUGCAAGUAUUUCUAUAGGCUUUAGGGGCGAAGCAUAUGGAGUCCAUCAUAGUAUUUUUGAUGACAUUCACUGGAUGGAGGCAUUUGGUGAUUCCACUUUUGAGUACCAUCAAACACUGACAAAGAUCUGGGGCCUUUUGGUGCUGAGACUCUCAUCGGAUUCCAUCUUGCCCAUGUACCCUCAAGAUUACUCGACAGAAAUUGCACGUUAUAUUGGACGUCUUGGAGCAAAACAAGGCCACCUUUCUUUCCCAUUCAUCUCAUCUGCCUUGCAUUCUCUGGCAGCCACCAGUUUGCAUUUCGACAAGCGAGUAUCGCAUUGGAACAAACAAUUGUCCGUCAAGAAGCAUAUAUCCAAGAAGCUCAAGAGAAACGUUGCCAGGAGUAACGAGCGCAUUCUACAAUUUGAGAGAGCCUUUUUGGACCCUGAAGGAAUGAGCGUCGACCGUAGUUGGUUCAAGCACGUCAUAUACGGCCCUGAUCUGAACACUGGACUAACUAAAGAAUUUCCAGGACUAGCGCAAGCUAUUGACAAUGAUAAUACUGUUCAUACAAAAUGGGUCGAGGAGAGGAUUGGAAAGCUACUGCUGAAUGCUGAGAGAAUCCUGCGAGGUCAUUUUGAUGGAGAAGAUUGCGCUGACGGCCAAUAUGAUGAAGAGGAUGAGGACGACAUUGAAUAA